AUGGCCGAGCCAGUGGACCCGCUUGCGGCUGCGGUGAAACUCCUUGACCGGCCCAUUUCUUUCAAACUCGUCGCCUUAUGUUCUUCCCCCCGAGCACUUCCCGACAGCUCUCGACAACCAGAGAUUGAAGUCGAAACACCGCGAGCUUUUUGGCGUAAAACGGAGGAGCUCGAGUAUAUUGGCCCUGAGCAUCCAGACGCUGCUCAUUGGACGGACUAUCGCAUUGUCGAGUUCCUCUUUCAAACCGCCGUAACGAUACCGCCAAAAAGUGAGAACAGGUCCGACCCAUGGGUUACAGUCACGCAGUCGGACGGGAAAACUACCACCACCCUUCCGAGAGGCUACCGCGUGCCGCUGCUGUGGCUUCAUCGGGUACAAUGGGACAGUUUGCGUUUGCUGCUUUCCGUGGGCAAGUCGCUUUGGCCAUGGCUCCGAUUCGACGUCUUACAUAUUGGGCGGUUGACGAACGACUUUUUAACGAAGGCGCGCACGGAGACGAAAAUAAAGAGGCAGUGGAGGUAUCCGAGGUUUGACAGAGUGUUGACGCGGUUCUUCAAUGGGUGGAUGGGUUGUCGGGAGGUAUUCAUUUGGGACUUCUACAAGGAGUUUAAGGAUGAAGAGUACAAGGACGAUGCUGUCUCCCUCCGCUGGGCGCAAAAGGUCCCCAAAGGAAUUCAAGGUUUUGCUGUAACCGAACAAGAGGUUCUCCAGGGAAUAUCUGCUGAGCAAUACAUGGAUGGUCUUGUCAUCGACAACGUUCAAAAGACAAUAGAAUGGAGUAUGCCCCCUGAUCAACCUCCAUCUGCUGAACCCCCUCCUGUUUCCCGCGGCUCAUCCCCUCUCACAUCCGAUGCUGGAAGCGACAAACUUGUCGCAGAGGCUCUCAAAGCCAGACCUUCCGAACCAUCCACGCCAACACCGGCUUCCCAAAAUGCAACACCAGGCCCUUCCCGUUUCCCAUCGCUUGCCAUCAAAACCGAGCUUUCUGUUCCACGGAAAAAGCCACCGCCAAAGCCCCGUCCUCCGAGAACUGAGGGGACUGCAUCUGCUCGUCCGCUCCGCCCUCGAACACAAAAUGGAAGCGUGUCCAGCCCAGCAGUUGCUUCGCAUGUUUCUCGAUCAGCUUCAGCCAACAACUCCCCCGCAUCUGCUGUACCAUAUGACUUCACCGCCACUGUCGAAUCGAGAGGCAGGAAACGCAAGAUCUCGAACGUGUAUUCGCGCUCUGCCUCAGGCUCACCAUCCCCCCUGACUUCAGACGAAGAGGAGGAUGGAAGUGGGAGUUAUAAGGGCUCAAGCAACAAGGGUUCCAGGACAACUGCUUCAGUAUCGCGCUCACAUAGUCAAAGUCAAACCCCCGGUGGAAGAACAUUCACAACACAGAGCCGCAUCGUCAUUCCUCGUCUUUCUGCCAGCAGUCACGAUGUAUAUUCGCGGCCGACUCCAGAAUCACAAUCAGUGGUCAACCGGAACGAUAAUAUCAAUCCUCUGAUGAGCAGCGCAAGUCGGGGCCCAAUAACUAUCUCCGGACCAACUGCAUCGGCAAUGUCGUCAAUCUCGGCUGUUUCCACCUUUAGUGGUACUAAUCUUGAGCCUCACGUGCCUAGCGUCAGCCCAUCAGAAACUCGAAGCCCACAAAAACCCCCUUCCCAUCGUUUAACAUUGCUCCAGCAACGGCACUAUAAACUCGCCGCUAUCGCAUCAUCUCCUUCACCUUUCCCAUUCGAUGUUCGGACAGGUCAGCUCCCUCCCCUGCAAACGUGGCGACAUGCAGAAGAGCUUGACUACAUCGGUCCCAAGCAUCCGAGCGUACUUGCUGGUGCUUGGAGUGAUUGGGAGAUCGUCGAAUAUAUGGUCGAAAAUGUCUUCACGAUUCCUUCGAAAGCUAUUGACAACAAACAAACAUGGGUCGAGGUCCAAAUGGUCAAUAUUACUCCUCCAUCAUAUCCGAGUGGUGAAGCGAAUGAGAUGGCUGUCGACAAAGAUCCAAGUAAAGGCUACGUGUUGAAUCUUCCUCGCGGGUAUCGCAUACCUUUGCUAUGGCUAGCCCGCGUACAGUGGGACUGUCUUAAAGCGCUCAUUACGGAAGCUCCAGAGUACUGGGAGGAACUCAAGUUCGACUUGCUGCAUCUUGCAAGACUUUCAGGUGUUUUCCUCGCCAAAGCCAGGACGGAGCCAAGGAUCAAGCGGACAUACCGGGACGUUAUGUUUGAUCGACCGCUUUCAAGGUUUGUUACUGGUUGGAUGGGAAGCAGAGACGAGUUCGUGUACGAUUUCUUCCGAGAAUUUAAAGAAGAAGAGUACGAGGAUGACAUGAUCUCAAAGCGCUGGAUGCAGAAAGUUCAAAAAGGUAUCCAGGGCUUCGUUGUAACCGAAGACGAGCUUAACGAGGGCAUCACUGCCGAGCAACAUAUGCAUGGACUUCAACUUGAUCGCGAGAACAAGACUUUUGCCUGGGUUGUAGAUGGAAAGCGAUUUACACUCCCGCCCAAAGGAACAACAACAUCGACGAUAUCUCCAACGGCCAUUGUUCCAGAUGAGCCAAUGCAACUCGAAGCACAACCUCUUCCGACGCCUAAGUCACCCUUAUCUCUCUCGCAACUGGCCCAAGUCCAUUCGCCAUCGUUGUCACCAUUGACACCCACGAUUCCGAUGCCUUCCGUCGAGCAUUUAUCGCUCAACAGCAACGACGAAAUGAUGGAGUUGGACGCUGCUGGGAAUGAUGCGGUAGCUGAGCAGGCGAAAAUUGGCGACCAUCAAAUGACGCCGCCAUCUGCAACCUCAGCUUUAGGAGACCCUCGUAGGUUAUUCGACGAGCCAACCCCAGAUCGCAGUCCACAGCCCAAGAGAGUACCUGAGCCAGCAACAACCGUUGCAGAUCCUCGUUCAUUGUUCGACUCGCCCGAGCCCGAAACAACCCAAUUACCAUCUGCUCCAACACAACAAUCCAAAGGGCAGGAAGUCGAUACUUCGUUUGAUAAGGAUACUCAUAUGGACUCGAAACUUGACCAGGUCGAUACUAUCCAGUACAAUGAUCCUGAAAGUUUUACAACCGGGGGUGGAAAUGUGACUCGAGAUUCAUUCGGUUUAGGUCCUGCCAUUGUUACGAUCCAGACUGAAGAUGACGACGAUCUUGAACUUGGCUUGGAAUAUCCACCUAGUCCGCCGAAACCAAACAAAGAAGCGCAAGUGCCGGCCGUAGCUGUAUCAUCCAUUGACGAUGUUGAUUUCAACGAAUCUGAGUUCUUGAACUCUCGGUUGCCCACACCGUUUGGACCUACUCCGCCCGUGGUCAAGUCGCAACUGCCUCCAGAUUCGGAAAAGUCGCCUGUUUCACCUAUCUCGGCGGACCCUUCGUCAGUCCCGAAUGUUGAUUCAGAGGAAGGACUUUUCGCGAAACCAAUGGAAGAGGACGGCGACUCGGAAUCAAUCAGGUCAUCGUCAAGUCCUGAACCCCGUCCACCUCUUGUCCUACCCCCAAGGAUCAAAACGCCGGAGGUUCCGACAUCAAUGGCGAAGGAUAAGUCUGUUUCGACUGCAGAAGAGUCUGUUGUGCCGAGCCCAAUGAGGAGAUCCGUGGAGAUACCAGAGCAACGGCCGUCGUCGCCCCCAAUUGUUUCGGAAUUAGACGAAGAAGAAGAGACAAUUCCCGUUCAGACAUCCAUGGAAGAGAAAGAGCCAGAGCUACUGUCGCAACGAUUCAAGAACUUGGAUGUGGAGGAGGGCGAGCUCCAGAAUCCAGAAGCUGAACCUCUUACUCCGACAACAGCCCAUGUUGUGCCAAUUGGUGCAUCUGACGCUGCCGACGAAUUCCCUCCUGGAUUCCACUUUAUGGGGAGCCUGCCACAGGACACAAGUGAAGAAGCUCCAGCCCAAGUUAUUAUUGGAGAGGACCAUCCCGUUCAAGUCGACACCACCAUUGCCACUGACUUGCAAAAUUCGAUUGAUGUAGACACCCCUUCGUCUCCGAUUCAGUCCCCGUCAUCUCUCUCCCUGCCCAUUCUGGAACAAAUCGUUUCGAAUCUUGACGAUGCCCAGUCCAAGCGCGUCAAACUCGAAGUUGUAACCACAUCGUUGCUGAAUGAAGACGAAGACGAAGAACCAGAAGAUAUGGACAUGGGCACACCGAUUGAUUCACCUGUUGACAUAGAGCCCGAUGAUCAAAUCCCUGGAGUCGCUUCAGGGCGUCCUGAACGUGAAGACGUCAGCCAAAACCAGCAAUCUGAACGUCCUAGUGUUCCAGACCCGAUUCCUCCCGCCCAACUUGAUCAUCCGCAAUAUACUACCAAAACUUCAACUUCCGCUCCUCUUCCGCCUGUCCAGCAAUCGCAACAAUCGGUCGAUCGUCCUUUCCCCGCCAAGGCAAACAAUCACAACUUUGCCUCUUACGGACGCAACACAUCAUAUCGUCGUUCCUCUCCCCCACCGCGCCCUCCUCCCUCCAACACCCAUCGAUUCUUUGGAAAGAAUGGCGGAAAUUUCUCCAAAGUCAAUACUAUACCAAUUUCAGGGCCACGUUCAAAGCUGUUCUCACGUGAUCGUGAAGCCAAUGGUGCCCCACCGCUGCCGCCGCCUCCGGCAGCUCAUCCACAUCGUUCGGAUCAUCCAAUGGAUGGACGGCGGUCACCCACUCGGCUACCUGAUAACGAGAGCGAAUAUGAUCCGCGACGGCCCUCUGUAUCGGCUACAUAUUCGAUGCCCAGUCCUGCUGUACCGCAAGCAUUCCCUCGCUGGAUGGGUUACACCGCAUCCAAUAACGAGUUAUAUAAUCAACCAUACUCUCCUUUGGUUCCGCUGAACAACCCAAUGUCCGCAUCCUCUUCACUCAUUAUCCAUCCACCCGCUACAGAAACUAACAACUCCACUGAUGCACCUCUAUACAAUGGCCAGAUACCGAUGCCUAUGCCUGUGCCCCUACACAUGCCUUCCGCAAACAGACCUCCAUCUCCAUUGCGACGGUCUUCAAGUCAUGAUACUGUCACUCCCAUCCGGGUCAAUUCGCCAAUCCAUGCUACCGAUUCCCUCCGGAAUCUCCUCGCACAAGUCGCACCAGAUAUGAUGCGCAAUUCUCGCCUGUUCUCGUCUUCGUCUGAAAUCGAGAUGAGUGACGGCCAGACGACGUCGAAACCGCCAACCCCACCUCUGCAAACACCUUCGCUGCCGUUUUCUCCGGCGCUUGCGCCCCCUCCAACGUCCCGCUCGCCUCCUCUGGAAGCCUCUCGUUCAUCUCCGCCGCCAAUCGAAGCCCCACGUAUUUCUGAGACCGAUCUGAAGAACCUCGAGACGACACUGCUACAAAAGCUUGCCGCCGAAAUGAAAAUACGCGAAACCGCAGGAGAGACUGCCAUUCUAGACAAAUUAUCGAAAGAACUUGGGAGCCGAUUCACACUCGCAGAAACCAUGCUCUCUGAUCGUAUUAUAUCGGAUGCAGAAAAGCGGGAGUUCGCUCUCUUCCAGCAUGUUUCCUCCAAAGUGCAAGGCCAGCAAGAGAGUCUGGGCGCAGGACUCGCGGAGAAACUGAGGAACGAAUUACGAGCUCAGUUGAAGGAGGAGCUCGCAGCCGAGAUGAGGAACGAGAUGCAGUCCAGAAUGGCGGUGGAGAUGACGGGUUUGAUGGGUGAAGAUUGGAAGGGGCAACUCAAAGAUGAAAUACUCCGCGAUUUGCAAGGGGAGCUGCGUGGUCAAUUCAGAAAUGAGUUGAGAAACGAGUUGAGGGAUGGCCUUGGCGCUGAAUUACUGGCGCAAACGCAGGCAGAGUUACCCGACAGAGUUUCAGGGGAGGUCCUGGGAGAAAUGAAGAGCGAGUUAUCCAGGCAAAUGAGGGACGAACUAUUGGGGCCGUUGAAGGACGAACUAAUCGUCCCGUUGAAGGCCCAGCUCCUAGGGGAUUUGACCGGACAGCUCAAGCACGAGUUGGUGGCCCAAAUGAAGGACGAACUUGUGCAACAACUGCAAAACGAGUUGCGACUCGUCCUCCAAGACGACCUCAAGGAACGACUUCGAGACGAGUUGUCUGUUGCCCUCGAAAAUAACCUCCGAAAUGUUCUUCGCGACGAUCUCAAAGAGCAUGUUGUUGCAGAUGUGAAAGAUCAUUUCUCGGCGCAACUCCAAGACCAGCUCAAAGCCUUAGGUCAGCGGAUGCAGACGCUCAUGAACUCCGAACUCCGUGCCGAUGUUGGAACCCAAAUGAAGUCGUUCAUCGAAAAGCUCAAGGGGGAGUUGGUUUCCCAGCUUAAAGAUGCUCUCACGGUCCAGUUGCAAGAUGGCGUCUUGGGCGAGGUAAAAUCCGCGUUGACAGAGCAAUUAAAAGAGGGGCUUGAUGCUCAACGAGAGCAACUCAACCUCGACUUCGAGCGAAGGAAGUUGAUUCUUGAGCAGCAACAUCCUCGUCCCAGAGCAGUGGCUACCCCUAGUACUACUCCGCUCCCCCUUUCGCGUCCGUCGACACCGAAGCUAGCUUCGGUCCCGACCAGCAUCUUCCAAGUCCGGCACCCGUUGCAUCAUCUCGUACUUACACCAGACGGUUCGAUGGAUGUUGAAUCUUUGUCCACAUCCAACGCGUUUCAUCCAACCUCCGCACCCUCUUCACCGUCAAAGCCAAGGAGUACCAGUGUGACAACUGAGGCACCUGUUCCUGUUAAAUCGCAACGUAAACAGUCGUGGUUCACUGCUGGGCUAUCGACAACCUCUUCUCCCGCAUGA